AUGGCUGCAGCCAUCGCUAGUGGCUUGAUCCGGCAGAAGCGGCAGGCACGGGAGCAACAUUGGGACAGGCCCUCGGCCAGCAGGAGGCGGAACAGCCCCAGCAAGAACCGGGGGCUAUGUAAUGGGAACCUGGUGGAUAUCUUCUCCAAAGUGCGCAUCUUUGGCCUCAAGAAACGAAGGUUGCGGCGCCAAGAUCCCCAGCUCAAGGGUAUAGUGACCAGGUUAUAUUGCAGGCAAGGCUACUACUUGCAAAUGCACCCCGAUGGAGCUCUCGACGGAACCAAGGAUGACAGCAGUAAUUCUACAUUAUUCAACCUCAUACCAGUGGGACUUCGCGUUGUUGCCAUGCAGGGAGUAAAGACAGGGUUGUAUAUUGCCAUGAAUGGAGAAGGGUACCUCUACACAUCAGAACUUUUUACUCCUGAAUGCAAGUUUAAAGAAUCUGUUUUUGAAAACUAUUAUGUAAUCUACUCAUCCAUGCUGUACAGACAACAGGAAUCUGGUAGGGCCUGGUUCUUGGGUCUUAACAAGGAAGGGCAAGUCAUGAAGGGAAACAGAGUGAAGAAAACAAAACCAGCAGCUCAUUUUCUACCCAAGCCAUUGGAAGUUGCCAUGUACAGAGAACCAUCUUUGCACGAUGUUGGAGAAACGGUGCCAAAGGCCGGGGUGACUCCAAGUAAAAGCACAAGUGCAUCUGCAAUAAUGAAUGGAGGCAAACCAGUGAACAAGAGUAAGACCACAUAGCCAGAUCCUCACAGGUGUUGUGACUUAACGCAUCCCGAGCAAAGUUGAGCUCUUUAUCCUUGCCAGACAUUCCGGCUCUGGGAUCUAUGGAGCAGCUAGAAGCAAGUGAAGGCUUGCUCUUUGCUGCUUCUGAACAAACUUGUUGCAAACGGAUAAAGCUCAACGUGUUGCACCCUCUUCCCUUCCCUUGCUCUCCCCACUCCAAGAGGACACCUGGAUAACCAGCUAAACUCAGACCAUGGAAUGCCCUACCAGAUAUGGAAUGCCUUUUUAAUAUCUUUUCUGUGACUGUGACACUUCAUGUGAAUGACAUACUUCACUUGAUACACUUGAUACCUUGCCUGCUGACAGUUACCCAUAAUCCCUUUCUGAGUCCAGUUUCAGCAAAAUCCAUGUGUUUAAGUUCAAUUUUGUAGCACACCAAUAAUAUUGAGUACUUUCUAGUUAGAUGCUGUAACCCUGUGCUAUUAUGGAUUUCUCUUCUCCCCUUUUUUUACAAGGCUGCUCGCUCCACUGUCUGUGAUCCUUUGCAGGGACUAUGUUUUCUCUAAAACGUAAAUGUUGCAGGUAGCUGAGUUUGGAAAGUGAGCAGGGAAUCAGGAAGCCUCCUAAACCUAUAAUUAUAAAUUGCAUCUAUAAAGAAUAAGGUUGUUGUCGUUGACGUACACUAUUGAUUAAAUUAUGAAUACGCUCUAAUAUCAGAUACCGUGCUCCUGAGGUCAGCAUAAUUGGGGAGGGAAAUGUGUCAAACAUGACCAGUGGAAAGCUUUCUAAGAUAAGUGUUUGACAUCCCCCUAUAGUUUCUUUCUGUGUGUGUGUGUGUGUUUUAUACAUAUCACAAGCUUACUGGUAAUGGUAACAUUUGCCUUGCCCAGCGAGCAAGACCCACUGGUUUUUGAGAAAGUGGGUCCAAAGAACUCUGUAGGCCUUGUAGGCCUGAAUUAAGGCUCAUUUUUCAUCUACUAAUCUUCAUUAUUUGAAAAACAAUUAUUGUGACUAACAAGAAUUGCGCUACCUAAAUCCAUUUCAAAUAUAAUCUUUUCCAGUUUUUAAUGAACUGAACUUAAUACCAUCCCAAUUUUUGGCUGCGUUCCACUCAUACUCAGCAGAGCAUGGGCAAGGCGGCUGUUGUGUUAUUUUCUGAAGCAGCAAUGCAAAGGUUAGUUAUAAAUUAGACUUUAAUAUUUUUGGUGUUUAAUAAGUUUUUAAACUGGACAUAUUAGAA